UUGCGACAACUCUCCGAUACCACGAGUUGGCACGAAGCCGCCAAGAAGGGCAUUUUGAACCUCGGAGGCCCCCUCAAAAUGAAUUCGACUUAUGACGACCUCUGGGUCCCAGGUAACUUAGCUUGGGAUCAGCUCGACUUCAACCGGAACUGCACAGCAUGGGGACAAUGGCUCGCGGGCUUGGUGCAGCCCGAUCCAUGGGACCCAAGUAUCAACCGUGGCAUGAGCAUGGAGCUUUCAAUGUUGCUCUUUCUCAAUGCCUUGCCCGACAACUAUACCGUUAAUUAUACGCUACCAACAUGGUACGCAGACGUCAGUUCGUGGUUUGCCUACAACAUGAUGCACACUCCAGUCCCUGCCGACGGAGACCCAAAAUACUACCUAUUCAGCGAUCGAUUCAACACCCGCAUUCUCCAGGGUCCGAAGGUUAAGUGUGAAGCCGAGUUCUGUAAGGCUGUAGGAUAUACUGGCAGUCAAGACCUAUGUGGAAUCGGUGUCGUCGUUUCCUACUUUCUCGAAGCCCUUCUCGGGACGAUGUACCUCGUCGUCUUUACAAUCCACCAAACUAUUCGGCGCUUCAACAAGAACAAGUAUAAGAAACCACGAAAGCCGAACGCGUCACAGUCAGUUAGCGGGCGAAUUCUCGACUCAUUCCGCGGCUCUCUCGAUAUGUUCCUCAGUGGCGCCAUGCUGAUCGCCGUUGCUAUGCUCGGUGCUGCCUUGUAUGCGGCCAUCGAUGGUAAAGAGGAGAGGGACAAGGUCAAUCCGGAUCUGCCGUCUGGCGAAGCGGUGUACGAGACUGCGCUGUCCCUCAUCGCGUCUAACUUCUCGGUGUUUCCGGUAAUGCUACUCUACGCCCUGGUCAAACACGACGGUCACAGGAAGUGGCUUCAUCGAUCGGUUCUCUUCAUCAUGUGGGGUCUCAGCGCAUCCGUUGUCUACAUUGCGCCCCGAGCUGAAAUCGACUGGGCUCAGCGCAAGAGUGGCGUCGAAAACUUUGACUGCGACCAACGUGGUUCACAAUACUGGCACGUUGUCAAAGCUGUUCAGUUUUUGGUCAUCGGACUGCCGUUGUUGUGGUUGGUAAUAACUGUCUUCAUCACCACUGGCUUCAAGAUACCUGGAAUGGUUGACAGGCCAUGGGUCAAGGCCUUGAGAGGAAUAUGGCGUCUUCUAAUUGCGUGGAUCAACCUCUUCAUCAUGUGGGGAAUCUUGGCAUACUUCACCAUCUUCCGGCAAAAGAUUAUUGACGCAGCCGGCGGUCUCGACAAGAACGAUAGAUGGACGUUUGGUCAAGUCUUCGCCUUGGCUGCAUGGGUUCCUGUGAUAGCGGAACUGUUCUACAUCUUGGCUUUCGGCUUAGAAGACAGUCUGUCAGGUCAUAUGCCCUCCGACUACCACGCUUCUCAUAAUAUCAGCACGGCGCAGUUGGACCCCAACAUGGGACAACCCCUCCUCCACAGAGAUUCCACAUACGAUGCGAGGCAAACCUCUGUCUACAGUCAAGACUCGAUGUACGACCUGAAGCAAGUUCCGACAAACACGACUUCCGAGGCGACUUUGGCUUCCCCAGGAACUCAAACAGCUCAUCAAACAGCCUGGCACAACCCAGACUACCAGCCAUUUGGAAAUCAGCAUACGACCAAUGCUCAAAGACAUCAGAGUUGGGAUCCUUAUUACCACACUGGAUGGUAG